GAGAGAGAGAUUUGUAUUGACUAGUGAGUGGAGUGUGGGGCCAUUGGCGAACUCAGCUCACCCAACACUGUAACAAAACGUGUUGUGAGUUCUUAGACAUCACAACACAGCACUGCUGCAACUACUGAACAAUCCGAAACCGACAUUCUACGUCAAUGUAAUGUCUCUCUCUCUCUUUCAUAACUUCUCAGAAACCCCGUUUCUCCUUCCUCUUCUCUCUCUUUUUCUGACAUAACUUUUGUGUUGCUCAGCUCAAUUGUUCCUUCUUAAUCCUCAGCUCUUCAAGCGAACUCUUGAUCCUCAAAGCUCAAAAUCAGAAAAUCUCAGGUGUAACGUCUCUCUAAAUUUUCCUGGAAGCUAAUUAAUUAUUGGCAAUGAGCAAUCUCAAAUUAUGUGUAGAAGUUGUGGGUGCUCAUGACCUUAUGCCCAAAGACGGGCAGGGCUCAUGUAGUGCUUAUGUGGAACUUCACUUUGAUGGUCAGAAAUUUCGGACAACAACCAGAGAGAAAGAUUUGAAUCCUGUUUGGAAUGAGAAAUUUUACUUCAAGGUUACUGAUCCAAGCCAAUUACCAAACCUCACUCUUGAUGCUUGUAUCUACCACUAUAGCAAAAGCAGUAGUUCCAAAGUCUUUCUUGGUAAGGUCCACCUCACUGGUCCCUCAUUUGUCCCAUAUUCUGAUGCUGUUUUUCUGCAAUACCCUGUGGAGAAGAAAAAUGUUUUUUCCCGUGUAAAAGGAGAGCUGGGUUUAAAGGUAUAUAUUACUGAUGAUCCUUCAAUAAGAUCGUCAAACCCUCUCCAUGAUGUAGAACCCUCUGUGGACACAGAUCAACACUCAACCCAAGAUCAGUCACCAGUUUCAUUCACAAGUUCGAUCCUAAAUAUGUUUUCUCGCAAGAAAAAUGAGACAAGGCACACAUUUCAUAACCUUCCUGAUUCAAAUCAACGAAAACAUGAGGAACCUUCUCCCUCAGCGGCUGCGAAAACAAGUAAAAACUAUGGGACGCAUGAGAUUAAAUCUGGACUGCCUCCUCCAAAAGUUGUGCAUGCAUAUUCACCAUAUCCUAUGGAUUAUGCACUCAAAGAGACAAGCCCUUUUCUUGGAGGGGGACAAGUACUUGGAGGGCGAGUUAAACGUGGGUACGGGCCAGUCAGCACCUAUGACCUUGUUGAACCAAUGCAGUACCUCUUUGUACGAGUUGUACGAGCUCGUGACCUUCCAUCAAAGGGUGUGACUGGUGGCCUCGAUCCAUAUGUGGAGGUAAAGGUUGGAAACUUCAAGGGAACUACUAAACACCAUGAGAAAACUCAAGAUCCUGAAUGGAAUCAGGUGUUUGCCUUUGCAAGGGAAAAUCAGCAGGCAACUACGCUUGAAGUUAUGGUCAAAGACAAGAAUAUGUUAUUAGAUGAAGUAGUUGGCAUUGUGAGGUUUGAUCUCCAUGAUGUUCCUACACGGGUUCCACCGAACAGUCCCUUGGCUCCUGAAUGGUAUCGGAUUGACAAGGGUAAGGACAAGAAAAAAGGGGAGUUGAUGCUUGCUGUAUGGUUUGGAACACAAGCUGAUGAAGCUUUUCCUGAUGCUUGGCAUUCUGAUGCACUGUCUCCCAAUGACAGCUCUUCAUCUGCAUAUAAUCAGAUUCGAUCAAAAGUUUACCAUUCACCAAGGUUAUGGUAUGUACGGGUUAAAGUGUUUGAGGCACAGGACUUAGUUGUAUCAGAGAAGUCCCGAAUCCAAGAUGCCUAUGUUAAGUUACAGAUUGGUAACCAGAUUUUGAAGACAAGGCCAGUUCAAUCAAGGACCAUGAACCUGCGUUGGGAUCAGGAGCUGAUGUUUGUUGCUGCCGAGCCCUUUGAAGAACCUUUGGUUGUUUCAAUUGAAAAUAGAGUUGGUCCCAACAAGGAUGAGACUAUUGGAGUUGUUGUUAUUCCUUUAACCCACGCUGAUAAACGAGCUGAUGAUAGAAGUACCCAUACUAGGUGGUAUAACCUUGAAGAAUCCAUGUCAUCUGCUAUGGAUGCAGAACAAGGGAAAAAGGAGAAAGAUAAAUUUUUUAGUAGAAUUCACCUCAGUGUCUGUCUUGAUGGUGGGUAUCAUGUUUUUGAUGGGUCAACUUAUUAUAGCAGUGAUCUUAGACCCACAUCAAAGCAGCUCUGGAAGAAGUCCAUUGGUAUCUUAGAACUUGGGAUUCUAAGUGUUGAUGGACUUCAUCCAAUGAAAACCAGGGAUGGAAGGGGUGCAACGGAUACAUACUGUGUGGCAAAAUAUGGGCAGAAAUGGGUUCGCACUCGAACCAUCAGUAAUAGUCCAAGCCCAAAAUACAAUGAGCAAUACACUUGGGAAGUUUUUGAUCCAGCUACAGUUCUCACUGUGGGAGUGUUUGAUAAUGGACAGCUUCAUAAUUCAGAUGGUAACAUAGAUCUAAAAGUUGGUAAAGUUCGGAUCCGGAUCUCAACCCUGGAAACUGGCCGUGUUUACACAAAUGCUUACCCAUUACUAGUGCUUCAUCCUUCAGGUGUCAAGAAGAUGGGUGAACUGCACUUGGCCAUUAGAUUCUCCUGUGCCUCAAUGGUUGACUUGAUGCAAUUGUAUUUCAAGCCUCCCUUACCAAAAAUGCACUAUAAAAGGCCACUUAACUUAAUAGAACAGGAAAAACUGCGACACCAAGCCGUCAAUGUUGUUGCUGCGCGUCUUAGUAGGGCUGAACCCCCGCUUAGAAAGGAGGUAGUUGAGUACAUGUGUGAUACAGAAUCUCAUCUGUGGAGCAUGAGACGUAGCAAGGCGAAUUUCUACCGUCUGAUGACAGUGUUCUCAGGAAUUUUUUCAGUUGGAAGAUGGUUGGGAGAAGUUUCCACAUGGAAGCAUCCUGUCACAACAGUGCUGGUGCACAUUCUUUUUCUGAUGCUUGUGUGUUUCCCUGAACUUAUUUUCCCUACCGUGUUUCUAUACAUGUUUGUCAUUGGUAUGUGGAAUUGGAGGUUCCGCCCGAGGUACCCCCCUCACAUGAACACUAGACUCUCCUAUGCUGAAGGAGUUACCCCAGAUGAGCUUGAUGAGGAGUUUGACACAUUUCCUACAUCAAAGGGCCCUGACGUUGUACGGUGGAGGUAUGAUCGGUUAAGAAGCGUGGCUGGGAGGAUUCAGAGUGUUGUUGGAGAUUUAGCUACUCAAGGAGAGAGGAUCCAAGCUCUAGUGAACUGGCGUGAUCCUCGUGCCACCACCAUGUUCAUGGCAUUCUGCUUUGUGGCUGCUAUUGUGUUGUAUGUGACACCCUUUCAGCUGCCUAUUCUUCUGACCGGAUUUUACUUAAUGAGGCACCCAAUGCUUCGGAGUAAGGUGCCGGCAGCUCCGGUUAACUUCUUCCGCAGGUUGCCUGCCCUUACAGAUAGCAUGCUGUAAAUGGACACUGUUGUGUGUUCUUGAAAAUUUAUCUGCUGCCAGUGUGAAUCUGGCAUUAAAUUUUUUGGCAAUGAUUGAAAAAUCAUUGGAGCUAUUCUGUUGUUUGUUGAGUGCUGAAAUGCAGAUGUAUACUUCCUGUGGAAAACUUCAAUAUAGUUUCCAUUUAACUUGUGCUCUUGCAUGACUAGUAACUUCAGAAAAUUGUCUUUUUCUAAGAUGAGUACAAAGAUGUUCUUUGGGCUCUUGUUAUACCUUAAAAAUCGAAUGUACAAUGUUUACAGAUGAGAAUUGUAAUUAUGUGAAGAUUUCCUUC